AUGGCCAUGCUGCAUCUUGUUCUUGUGGCUGCUCUUGCUCACCUAACCUCAGGACAGGGUUGGGGAGCAGGACGUCUUUCACCUGGAAGGGGGGCUGUUGCACCUGGAAUCGGGGGUGCUGGUCUUGGAAUCGGAGGUGUUGGACCUGGAAUAGGAGGCGCUGGAUCAGGUUUUGGGGGUACUGUGUCUGGUUUCGGGGGUGUUGGGACAGGAAUCGGGAGUGCUGGACUUGGAAUUGGUAGAACCUCUUCCUUUGGUCUGGGAGCAUCAUUGUUUGGUCUCAUCAACCCUUACUACAACACAACAAUCACCUGUUCUGGCACGGUGCCUGGAUUCGCCUUCGCUGUUACCCUGAAAAGAGCACCACCAGUAUUUGGAGCGUGGUGGGCUCAAAGGCAAGGUGGACUGAGUGGAAGCGUUGUGCUCAGAACUACAUCUGCUACAGGGAACUUCCAAUUUGUUCUCACUGAGCGAGCCCGUACUGAAGGAGGAUGUACUCCAGAUGGCCUGGGGAAUGUCUUUGGCAGUAACGCUCUGGGCCUUGGACUCGGUCAAGUGUUUGGGCAACAGUGGGGUCGGGGUUUUGGAAAACCAUGGGGUCAGAUAUUUGGUACUGGCAGAGUCACCCGGCCUGGAGUCGUUGCCGAUGUGACCAUUGCCAACGGAGGCAGGACCCUUGACGUGGCCUCACUCAAUCUGCCGUUCAGAGACCUCGAGAGAUAUGCAGGACGUGCCUUUGCUUUCUGUCCCAGCCUGACUACAGGUGUUGAUGGUCGCCAGGUGUGUAUGGGGCCUAUUUUGGCAUGCUGCAAACUGGGAUACAACAACCAGGACGCCGUUGUACCUACUCCGCUCUGA